AUGACCGCCCCCUUUCUGCGUCUUGCCGCGAGGCAAACCUCCAACCCCUCGACACGCAUCCUGUACCGCUCUGCUGCAGCUCCCGUACCUGGCCUCAACCAGCAUUUCCGCCCUCGACAGCUCAUCACCCCCUCCUGCGUCCCCAGCCUGCAGCAGGCGCCCUUCUCGGCGGCUCGCCAGUACUCGUCACACAACCCGUCGCAACCUCCCCUCCCCGCCCAACUCCGAGCAGGAGUCGGAUUCAUCUCGAUCCAAAAGAAGAACCCCUACCGAGUCGCUUUUUGGCCCUUUGCCGCCCUGAUCGGUAUCUCCUUUGGUGCCUGGAUGCUCCUUGUCAAUAAACGCCACGAGAUGAAUACCCGCGUCAAGACUAGCUUCCCGGCUCCCCAGCCUAAGACCAUCCCUGCGUCUCCCCGGUUCGACGACUCGGAUGUAACCGUCAUCUUCGUCCUCGGCGGCCCCGGUGCCGGAAAGGGCACGCAGUGCGCCCGUCUGGUGGAGAAAUACGGCUUCAUUCACCUCUCCGCCGGUGAUCUGCUCCGUGCUGAACAGACCCGCCCCGGGAGCGAGUUUGGCGCCCUCAUCGACGACUGCAUCAGGAACGGCGCCAUUGUCCCUAUGGAGGUCACCGUCAAGCUCCUCGAGAACGCUAUGAGUGAGGCGAUGAAGAGCAAGGGCACCACAAAGGGUCGAUUCCUCAUCGAUGGCUUCCCCGCAAGAUGGACCAAGCCGAGAAGUUUGAGGAGACUACUCCUCGAGCGAGGCAAGACGAGUGGUAGAGCCGACGACAACACUGAGAGCAUCAAGAAGAGGUUCAAGACUUUUAUCGAGACCAGCAUGCCCGUCGUCGACCGCUACGAGAAGGAGGGCCGUGUCAUCAAGGUUGACGCUAGCCCUACCCCGGAUGUCGUCUUCCAGGUCACCUCUGACCAGCUUACAUCCCGCUUGAACAAGGACCCCGUUGCCGUCUAG